GGAAGGCCUGUACUUGGCUGUCAUCCAAUGGAAUAAACAUUUCCCUCUAAGUUUUCUUAGCGCAUUUUAUUUUGCAAUUAUAAGGAUGAACGAGUGCCUAACCUGUGGUCUGUGGAAGCAGCUCUGGUGUUGGCUGGAGGAGCUAUCCUCCCGUCUGCAGGACAGCAAUGCGCUCAAGCUGAUCCUGGCCGUUUGCGUGGCCCUAUUGGUGUUGUUCAAUGUCUACUCGGGAUUCGCCAUGGCCAACAGGUGCGAGAGCAGAUCGGAGGAGGAGGGAGCAGGGGACGCUGGUGAGGAUCGACUUGGAGGCCCCAACAGGAAUUUGGAAUGCACCCUUCGCGGCUCGCCAGAAUCCUACGACUACGGAUGGGACAGGGGUCCGCAUACCUGGAAUGUGCCGUUCAACAAUCAGAGUCCCAUUAACAUAGAGCGGAACUGUCUGGAGCUCAGCUACUUUAACUCGCCCUUAAUAUGGUCCAAUUAUAAUGAUGUGCCCUUGGGCAUUCGCCUGGAGAACAACGGGCACACGCUGCUCCUUCGAGCUGUCUUUCCCGGUCGCACGCCCUCCAUCGAUGGCGGUGACCUUCUCGGGCGCUUCGACUUCCGGGAAAUCUCCUUCCGCUGGAGCUGGAGCAAUUCAUCCGGUUCGGAGCAUACAGUGGACCAUCGGCACAGCCCGCUGGAGAUGCAGUGCCUCCACACAGAUGCCUUUCAGGAUGGCUGCAUCUCCAGCCAGGGUCUCCUGGUUAUUUCCUAUUUGUUCCAAUUUUCCGAAGACAAUCCGUUCUUCGAUGUGCUUGUCCAGCACCUCGUGGCUGUCCAGCAGGCGGGUCAGGCGGUGGAAGUGCCCCCCUUUCCGCUCGGUUACCUGAUGCCAGCCUUCUACACAAACUUUUACAGCUACCACGGAUCCCUCACCGAACCUCCGUGUCAUCGGGGCGCGGAGUGGUGGGUGCACCCAGCGUCAUUGGCCAUUAGCGAGCGCCAGCUGAACGAGUUCCGGCAGUUGAGGAACCGGCGGGGAGCUCGGAUCGAACGAAACGCAAGACCAGUGCAGCCGCUCCAGGAUCGCACAGUCUACCUUAACCGCUUCCGAACCGGAUUUUAGGCAAGAGUUUUGGAUUAAUCGAUCAAAAACUUAUAAAACAUAAUAUAUGAAGAAAAAUCGAUUUAUUGGCUCUAAUAUUCAUUUUAAAAUUUCUUAUAUGCAUGCACCA